UGCAGACUGAGUUUCACAUCAGCCGGGAUCAUUCCAGCUCAACUUCUCUGUCUGAUACAGGCUUAAAUCAGAGCUUCCAGUGGAUAUUCAGCUAAACAGACUUUGGUGCUGUGAAAAUGUGUUUCUGCCAUGUUAAUAUCUGAACCAUUAACUGAGGAGGGAAGAAACCUUCAGUGCUGGACAAACACAGACUGAGACUCCUCAGAUUCCCUAUCUGACCGUCUCACUCAGACAUGGGGAAAGUGUACUACAUUAGUAAAAAUGUUGGCCUGGGGUUGCUUGUAUUGGCAGCCAUUGCUCUGGCUACGAUCAUAGCUCUGUCUGUUGCCUACCACAAGGAGAGGGCCAAGAAUCGAGUCACACCUGGAGAUGGAGCAGCAGAUAGCACUGGCAUGCCUUCACCCCCCACCACUCCCCUCACCCCAAAGGAGCCCUGGGACCACUACAGACUCCCUAACUCCCUCAUCCCCAUGUCCUACAAUGUGACCUUGUGGCCCCGGCUGACGCCCAACACAAACGGCUUGUACAUCUUCACUGGACAUUCGUUUGUACUCUUCAAAUGUGUGAAGGAAACAGACCUCAUUAUUAUCCACUGCAACAAGCUGAACCUCACCAACUUCGAUGGACAGCUUGCCAAGCUAACUGCUCUCACUGAAGCCACUGCACCUAUUAUACUCAAGUCCUGGCACGUUGUGAAGACACAGUUUCUGGUCCUGCAGCUACGCAACAGACUGGCUGUCGGAGCAACAUAUGCACUGUACACUGAGUUUGUUGGAGAACUGGCGGAUGACCUGGAAGGCUUUUACAGGAGUGAAUACACUGAGGAUGAGGUGAAGAAAGUGGUAGCAACCUCGCAGAUGCAGGCGACGUAUGCCAGGAAAACCUUCCCUUGUUUUGAUGAGCCAGCCAUGAAGGCUGUCUUCAAUGUCUCCAUCAUCCACGACAGAGACACUGUGGCUCUGUCUAACGGCCGGGAGAUAGUCGUAGGAGACUCUGUCAUCGAUGACAUGCCAGUCAGAACGACGACAUUUGAGCCCACAAAGAGAAUGUCCACCUAUCUGCUGGCAUUCAUUGUCAGCGACUUCGUCAGUAUCAACUCAACACAAAGUAGCAAUUUGUUGAUCCGAAUCUGGGCCAGAAGAAAAGCCAUAGCUGAUCGGCAGGGUGAAUAUGCUCUCAGCGUUACUGGGCCAAUCCUUCAGUUCUAUGAGCAGUACUACAACACAACAUAUCCGCUCCUCAAGUCAGAUCAGAUCGCUCUGCCUGACUUCCAUGCUGGGGCGAUGGAGAACUGGGGUCUGGUCACAUACAGAGAGACCGCUCUACUGUAUGACCCCUUCAUAUCCUCCAAUGGAAAUAAAGAGAGAAUUAACACUGUGAUCUCUCAUGAACUUGCACACAUGUGGUUUGGAAACUUGGUGACUCUGCAGUGGUGGAAUGACUUGUGGCUGAAUGAGGGCUUUGCUUCAUAUGUGGAGUAUCUUGGAGCUGACUACGCUGAGCCCACCUGGAACAUUAAAGAUCAGAUCAUCCUGUAUGAUGUGCAUAAGGUGUUUGCUGUGGAUGCCCUUGCCUCCUCCCAUCCGCUUUCCCGCAGGGAAGACGAGGUCAACGACCCUGCACAGAUCAACGAGAUGUUCAACAGCAUCUCCUACAGCAAGGGAGCGGCGGUGCUAAGGAUGCUGUCAGACUUUCUCACUGAACCGGUGUUUGCAAAAGGACUCAGUUCUUACCUGAACACAUUUGCCUUCAGUAACACAGUGUAUACAGACUUAUGGGACCACCUCCAGCAGGCUGUUAGAAACACGCCAGGUAUGCACAUUCCUCACACAGUCCACGACAUCAUGAACCGCUGGACUCUUCAGAUGGGCUUCCCAGUGGUCACUGUUGACACUAAGACAGGAAGUAUCACCCAGAAACACUUCCUGUUGGAUCCAGACUCUGUGGUGGAGAGGCCUUCUCAGUUCAAUUACACCUGGUAUGUCCCCAUUAAAUGGAUGAAGACAGGUGUAGUGCAACAACAGUACUGGCUCCUUCAAACGACAGCCACCCACAGAGAGAUGAUAGUUUCAGGAGAGGACUGGGUUCUGUUGAACACUAAUGUUUUUGGGUACUUCAGGGUAAACUAUGAUCUUGACAACUGGGAUCGUCUCCUCAUCUUGCUUGACACCAACCACCAGGCUUUAUCAAACAUCAACAGAGCCCAGAUCAUAGAUGAUACGUUCAACCUUGCAAGAGCCAAAAUAAUCAAUACAACAUUAGCCCUGAGAACAACAGUGUACCUGUCCAAUGAAAGAGACUACAUCCCCUGGGAGUCAGCUUUGAGAAACCUUGACUACUACAUCCUGAUGUUUGAACGCACUGAAGUUUAUGGAGCCCUACAGAAGUACCUCAGGAAACAAAUCAAACCACUUUUUGAGCACUUCAAGGAAAUUACAGACAACUGGACCAAAGUUCCUACCGGACACACAGACCAGUAUAAUCAGAACAAUGCUAUUGGGAUAGCCUGCAAAACAAACGUUGAGGGCUGCAGGGAGCUGGUUAGAGGCUGGUACAGACAGUGGAUGAAAAACCCACAAUCCAACCCCAUCCAUCCCAACUUGAAAAGCACGGUGUACUGCAUUGCCAUAGCUUACGGUGGAGUGGAAGAAUGGGACUUUGCAUGGACAAUGUUCAUGAAUGCUACUGUGGCAUCUGAAGCUUCUAGGCUGACGGCAGCCAUGUCCUGCGCCAAAACACCUUGGCUUUUGAACAGGUAUCUGGAGUACAGCCUUGACCCAACUAAGAUCCGCAAACAGGACGCCACCUCAACCAUCCAGCACAUCGCCCGAAACGUUGUGGGGCUGCCACUGACCUGGAACUUCAUCAGAGCGAAAUGGAGCUACAUUUACCAGGAAUACGGACAGGGAGCGUUUUCCUUUGCUAGUCUCAUCGGUGGAAUUACAAGAAGAUUUUCCACAGACUUCGAGUUACAGGAGCUGAAGAAAUUCAAAGAAGACAACCUUCAUGUUGGUUUUGGCUCUGCCACCUUGGCUGUGGAGCAGGCUAUAGAGAAGACCGCAGUCAACAUCAAAUGGGUGAAAGAGAACAAAGCCCAUGUGCUGAAAUGGUUGACUGAGGAGUCCACAUGAGGACACUUGGACAGUUCAAAUGACACUCUCUCUUUUUGCACUGCCAGGGAUAUGUAAUGAAUGACAAUCACUAUAAUCAUCAGCAACAAAUGACCAGCCUGUGACAGUCUGGAACAGUUGUGCAAACACAACUGACACCUAAAACAAGGGUCAUAUCAUUGUCAAUGCAAACAGACAUAAGAUGAUCAGUGGAGCAAACGUAGUGCCAGUUUAUGUCAAGUUAACUUAAUAAAUAACUUGAGCUCUUACCCCAAGUCUAUGAAUGACAAUAAACACUGUGGAACUUGUUAAAUAAAUAUUAUGAUAAUCCAAGAAAUGUUUGUUUCAUAGCUUUCAAAUUGAUCAGCAACAGAAAAUACACUGUGAAGUAAAAAUCCAGGGGGAAAUAAGCCCAAAUUUCACAGUCAGACAAUAAUCAAUGUAAGCAGUAAAUCACAUUUCCAUCAACUACAAAUUCACACAUUUCUUAUAUCACAUCAUAUAACACCGCUUAAUAAACCUGUGAGGAAGUUUUGGCUUGUAAUCUU